AAUAUAAAAAACAUAAGUUGAGGGCAAACAUCAAUUUAAGUUUCUGAUUAAAGUACAAUUUUUAACUAUUUGGUAACAGUUUAAACCAAAUCAGAAUGAAAACCUGUAGAGCAAGAAAAGUUACUUAGUACAAAACUGAUUAUGUUACAUCGAAUAUCCAAUGGACCUUUCUUCUAACUUUUUACACCCCAACCUCCGGACUAUCUAGAAAUUCCAACACUAUUUGAUUCUACAAAUUGAUUUUCACUCCUCCAUUGAAUGAAAAAACCGAAAAAGUCAUCCUAAAUCCAAAAAACGGACGAAGUGGGUGAGCUAGAAAAUACUUGUUCAAAAAUUCACAGCAACCAAAAGGAGUAUGCAAAGUGCAAAACAAAUUAAGCUAUGUUUUUGUGUUUGUACAAACUGGAGGGAAAUGCACAAAAAUUUAGACCUCUUAACUAAUUCGAGAUUUUAAUCUCUCUUGGAGGUGAAUUACUAAUAAGAGCAAAUGUGAUGUGCCACUUGAUUCAGUGAAAAAAUUCAUGAAUAUUAGCAAGCAAUAAUACAUUUGUUGGAGCAUCAAGAGUUUUUUGGAGCUUUGGAGAUCAAUACUACGAAAAGAAAUUCAGGUAUGAACGUUCUGCAAUACAGGCAAAAAAUGAUCUGCAGGUGCCUUUCUUAGGCGAUAAAAUGUACAUCGCUUAUUGAAGUUUGCUGCGCACAUUUUAACCAAAACUGAACAGGGUCUCUGCAUUGCACACAUUUUAUCUGCCCUUGGGCGCACGAGAACUGCUAGGCUCUGCGCUAGGCCCAUAGCCCUGCAUACUGGUCCUUGCUCUUCAGAUCCUCCUUCAUAUUCUACUCAACUACCACCGAAAACAGUUAGGCAAAAAGUAUGAAUAUACCUGUAAUUCAACAGCAAACCAGAACAACAGUUCAGCCACUAACAAAGCAGCUAGGACCUAAAAGAAUGUGACAACAUCCGAAAAAAAUUUUGGCGCGAAGUCAGAACCAUUUAAAUAAUCUCGUAUUCAUCGGAAAAUGAGGCAGAGGCUAGAGUCGAUAAGUUGCUAAGCAAUUUCAGCUUUCCCAGAAGAAAAAUAGGAAGCAACAUGGCUGCAUACACGGCUACUCACGAAAAAUCAGUCUUACCAAAGUCAUUAGAUGAUGCUAAGAUAGCAAAGACUCAAAGGGCGACGCAUACGGAUAUUCUAGAACUGGGUCACAAAAUAUUUCAAAAAAAUAGCGCAAGCCAAAGAGAUAUUUUUAAUGAAGAAAUUUCGAAGUUGAGAGAUGAUCUUUUGAAAAAAGCUAAGGAAGAAAAGGAAGCCUUGCUAUCUGAGGCAAGAGAAAAGGCACAUGAAGAUUUAAGGGAAGCAAUGGCAGAAGCAAAAAAAGAGCAGGAGAGACUUGUUAAGGAAGAAGCCAAGCGUGUAAAAGAAGUAAUGAAGCAAAUAGCAAAUCAACGAGUAGAACAGGAACGUAACGAGGGCGAAGAAAGACUGCGAAAUGCUUUAAAAAAGAAGAAAGCAGAGUGUGACAAAGAAAAGGAAAAGGCCAUUAUGACUUCAAGGCAAGAAGAGCAAGACAAAGCAAAACAAAUGUUAAAUGACCUAACCGAACAACACAAGAUAAAGGAGGAGCGAUUGUACCAAGAAUUCAAGAAAGAAAAACAGGCUGCUUUGGAACAACUCGAAGUCCAGUGGAUUGAAAAGAAGAAUUGGGCGGUUGAAGAAACAAGGAAAGAAGCCGAAAAGAAGGCAGAUGCUGAAAAAAGCAGACUUAAUUUGAUCCAUAACGAAGAGAUCAAUGAAAAACUUGAUGAAAUCCAACAACUAAAGAGAGAGUAUGAAAAACUUCUUUUUGAGAUUCAAUUAGAAAAAACAUCGCACGACAAAACAGCGGAAAGGCUGCACUUCGUUGCACAGUCAUUCCAGAGCUUCAUCGACUCUCAACCUGGCUUUGCCAAGGGCCAAUCAGACUUUCUUUUGAAAGAUUUCCUUACCGAAUCAAUAGACAAAUGAUUCACCAAAUUUUUUUGAUAAUUUGUCACUUUAAUUUUGUAUUUAAACAUUUUUGUUAGCAUUGCUAGCGUAAAAGGGAUGCGAAAACUGAAUGCUACUUUGAUCCAUGAAAAACUUUUUUCUU